AUGGUGACAGGGGAUCCGUGCAUAGAUCUGGAACCUAUAAUAAUGUUUCUUGAUCGAUUCAGUUGGGUGUAUUCUUUUCGUUGGAUCAGUUCGACCGUACGGGACAAGCAUAUCUAUGAUUUAGAAUCUGCUUUGCACAAGAUUCCCAUCUCGUGGAUCGAACCUCUGAAAGGUGCUUCAAUGGAAGACUUAAAGGAUCUAGUUCGUGGCACGUCAGAGAACAACAACUAUCCCUGGCCAUCAGAUUUGCAACAAUUUGCCGCGGAAUGCCGUCGGUUCACUCGUCUGAUUUCUCAGAAUGUCUGCAUUCCACCCACAUGGCUUUCCAAAUCAACAGUGUCGUUCAAUCGUACCACUAACUGUGUGGAUUUUGUUCCGGAUCUGGCCUCCUUCGAGCCCCGAACCACCGGCAUUUUGUACAUGACCCCGAAAAAAUCCCACGAGGUGGCUCGUAUGACAGCAUUUCUACAAAGCUUAUUGUUUGAGCAAACUGAUUUGUUAGGCGUUGAAACUGUCACCGAGCAGGACGUCAAAGCGACAGACGGUAAUGUUUGCCUUACCGGAACGUUCCAAACCGGUUCGCUUCUUCACCAAUCCGGGUCAAACAUGCCAAUGAAACACGGUAUGUAA